UUGUUGUUGUUGUUUUGUUUUUUGCGUGUAGUAUUGACAUUAUGUGUUUGUCUUUUAACAACACGUGAAACACUUUUAUGGAAGUGAUCACGUUGAUUAAAAAAAGGUUUAGGUGAAAUAUGGGUGACACGGGCGACACCACUGGGUGAAACAAAAUACCGAAACCAAAGCUGCCAAAGCAAGCACGGUCAGGUGAGGCCAGCCCCAUGCCGCAACUUCGUUCGCGCGCGAGAGCAGAGUCGGCGUUGUGAAGUCGGUUUCACGUUCUUCGAAUUAUUGAACAAACAGGCAUCGCAAGUGGUUCCCCCGCCUCCUUUGUGACCUCGUAAGCCGUAGUACGAACUUGACCCAAGACAGCCGCCUUCAUGGAACCGAUCCAGUCCUCAAGUCAUGCUGAUGAAGCCACACUGUUGGGAGAAACCAGCUGCCCACUGAAAGUCACUGAGGACAUCUGCUUUGGAUGCUGUUCCUGCACCUAUGUCACCAGAGAUCAGCGUGAAAUUGUGAGCCACCUUGUUGCCCAUGGUGACACGCAACUGUUUAAGUGCCGGCAUUGUCCCAUGUCGUUUGUCUCUAUGCUUGAAUUGAACAGCCACAUGCAAAAGCACGCAGGUGAUGAGUUCUUAAAGUAUGCCAGCCCUCUGAAAAUUUAUAUUAGGAUGAAGCCCCCUCUGUCUAGUGUGUGUAAAGAUCUGAAAGAGAAGUCUGGCAGCUGCCUUCAGAUUUCCAAAGCCUUUGUUCAGAAUUCCACUUUGAUCCACCAUACUCAAGCACGUACGGGUGAAAAGCCGAAACCUUAUAAGUGCAAGCAAUGCCCCAAAGCCUUUGCUAAGAGUAAGCAUCUGACCCGCCACCAUCGAACGCACACGGGUGAAAAGCCUUACAAGUGCAACCUGUGCCCCCAAGUCUUUGCUCAAAAUGCCACUCUGACCCGCCAUUAUAGAACACACACAGGGGAAAAACCUUACAAGUGCAAGCAGUGCCCCAAAGCCUUUGCUCAGAAUAAGAGUCUUAUUCGCCACAAUCUAACACACACGGGUGAAAAGCCAUACAAAUGCAAGUUGUGCCCUCGAGAAUUUGGUCAGAAUAGCACACUUACCCGCCACACUCAAACUCAUACAGGUGAAAGACCUUAUAAAUGUGAGCAAUGCCCCAAGGCCUUUGCUGAAAAGUCCUGUCUGACCUUUCAUAACCAAAUGCACAGUGGUGAAAAGCCUUACAAGUGCAAGCACUGCCCCAAAGCCUUUGCUCAGAGUAGGAAUCUGAUCUGCCACAAUCAGACACAUGCAGGCGAAAAACCAUAUAAGUGCAAGGUGUGCUCCCAAGCCUUCACUCGGCAUUUCAGUCUGAUCCGCCAUAUGCGAUUUCACACGGGUGAAAACCUUAGCAGGUGUAAGCUGUGCCCCAAAGUCUUUGCUCAGAGUAGGGAUUUAAUCCGCCACAGUCAAACACACACAGGAGAAAAGCCAUACAAGUGCAAGCUGUGCUCCCAGGCCUUUGCUCAGAGUUACCAUCUGUCCUGCCAUAACCGAAUACACAGUGGUGAAAAGCCUUAUAAGUGCAAGCAAUGCCCCAAAGCCUUUACUCAGAAUAGAAGUCUGAUCCUCCACAACCAGAGACACAUGCCGGUUAAAAGCCAUGUAAGUGAAGGCUCUGCUUCCAAGCUUUGUUCAGAAUUCCAGUCUGGCUGGCCAUGACAAAGAGAUGGCUGAAAAAGCUUACAGGUAAAACCUGUUCUCCAAGGCCUCCACUAGUCUUACACACAUGGCCAGCCACAUUCAGAUGCGCCAAGUCCACAAACCUUACAAGUGAAAACAAUACCCCAAAGGCUUUGCUUGGAAAAGUCUUCUGAUUCGACACAUUUACCGUAAGUGAGAACCGUAACAUUUUCACUUACAAGUGAACCUGUAAGUUGAACCUGCUGUGUUUUAUAACAAAAAUUUCAUGCUUUUAGGCUUUAUUUUUCUUCAAAUUAAGGGUGGCUUUUUGGGGCUAAUUUUUCCCACAGAUUCGGUGUUCAUUUUUGGCGUCUGACAAAAGUAAAUCUUGGCAUUUAUCGAGUUUUACGUUGAAAAACGCAGGACAUGGGCAUAGGAUUACCCAGCUUCCAAUACCAUGUGCAUGACCCAAAUACUUUGAAAACAACCCAGUACCGGUAAGAGAAAAAAACAAGGCUGUCUCUCACUGAACUGCAAGGCAGUUCUGUGAGACAGCUCUCAAUGAACUGCCUUGCAGACAGUUCAGUGAGGGCUGUGUCUUCGGUGAACACAACAUGGGGCUGUAGAAAAGAUUUCGUCCUGUGAAGCUUGGAUUUUUCUGAUUCAAUGGCAGCUCCAAAUUGUUUUUGUUUUCAGUUUUCCCUGCUUUUGAUAAGAUUGACUCCGUGGUUACUUUUUUGGGACUUGUUGAUGUACUCCAAAAACACUGAACCAUGUUUAUAAUACAUGUAGUUGGUUACUAACUCAUGCACGAUUGUGUACAAUUUCAAUCGAAAUAUAUAGGUACAGGUAAUGCCGUAAAGCUGUUGGUUGGAGUAAUUGUCUACCUGGCCACACUGAAGUGCAUAUGCACAAUGAUCCUUUAAAAUGCCAGCCAUGUCCCGGGACAUUUUUUAACUGGUCUUGCAUGAACAGGCACAUGCCUCUGCGUGGAUCAAGGAACCUACAGUCAGCGGCAGGUCAAGAAUUUGGUAGGCGCUCUGCCUCCAACAUGAGCCAACAAUUUGUCGUGUAUGCAGCCAAAGCCUGGCAGAGGGCAGUGAGCGCGCGCUGAAGGUGGAGUUUCUACCGAAUUCUUUGCCCGCCACUGACCAUGAGCGCAUUUGCAUGAAGAUGCAGGCAGGAAAUAGGCAUUUCAAAUGCGACGCGUGCGGCUGCGUGCUGCACAGAAUGUACACGUGCUGUGCGAGUGUGAAGACGACAACGAAGAAGAUACGACGUUCGAACGGUUCAGAACACUGACCACAUCGAUGCAGUGGGGCACAGAAGUAGAAGUUGUCAGGUGACGGAUGCUGGUGCGCGUGUUCCCGACGAGCAUAAUAAGAUCACGGUAGCGCCAUCUCCCCGGACACGCCACCCCGACCGCUGAUGUUGCCUCGCUUCUGCCUCAAGUCCGCCGGCCUCACCACUGCCCCUGGCUUGUCACCUCUUCAGCACCCAGGCAUCCCACGUCUCAGCAACACGACGAACUGAUAAGUUUCCUUGUGAACUAUCGAGUUUCGCUCUAUGAUCCUUUUCACAGUUGUGUGCCACUUCUGAGAGCAUCUCAUUGUAAGACUCAUACAUCUGCUCUAUUUCUACCUGUGCAUGGCACUUGUAGUUUGCUUGUGUAUAUGGAGUGUUUUUUCUUGUCUGUGCAAACGGCCUUGUUUCUUUCGAGACGGGAUUCGAGUAUCAUGUUGCAUAUUAACCGAGCACCCUGAACCUCCUCCGAGAAAUCCUUACAUCAAGCACGAGCAUUGUAGCAAUUCAAGUUUGGUCAUGCUCAUAGAUCGUGCUCUUGGAGUUGUACUACGUGACAUUGCUCAUCAGCCUUUCAUCCAGGUGCCACUGUUUGUCAUCUCACGAAGGUAUUGGGUAAUAAUUUCUAGCCAGCAAGGUUCAAGAGGCUAGUCACUGAAACGCAAAACAAUCUUGAAUUUUUUUUUUUUUUUCGUAUAGUGAGGUGGAACAGAGGAGCUAACUUGAUGAUUGGCCUUUGAAUGCACACUGGGCCAUGGCUUCUGGUCCAAGUUUCUUUGCACUGUAGCUCAAGGUGUGGUCUAAUCAACUAAAAAUCUUCAUUGUGGUGGUUUUACAGAGCAGCUCUUAGGCUCCCGUUUGCGGGUUGAGUGGCGUCGGCGUAAUAGCGCGUUGCAUUACCGGACGUUUCCCCGCUACAUUUAGCGGGGAAAUCGACUUCUCAUGGACCUCAACACCAAUUCAGUUUCCCCGCUAAAUUUAGCGAGGAAAAUGACGUCACGACUUCGUAUCACCUUACCCAUGAACAAAUUCAGCGGCAGGAGGAGAGAAGGAGGAGGAGGGAGGGUAUGGAGGUGGAGGAGAGGCAUAUCCUCCCCUCCUCCUCCUCAAGAGCUGCACUCUAAUUUCACAUGACAGAGAAUUGUAAUAAUUUUUAUUUAUAUUUUUAUUUACUCUUAUAUGCAAAGGAACUUGCAGGAAAUAAAUGUGUGACCAGAUUUCGGGUUCACUCUUGUAAAUGUUUGAUGGAGUUUCGACUUCCACGCUGUUGCUUCUUUCAGCUGUUGCACAUUGGGGUUAACUGAAGGAAGUGUGGAGUAAUUUCAGCAUGGAAUGUGUUUUAGUGCUUUCUUUCAAGCCUUUAGCCUCAAGUAAUGUAAUUUGAGAGCAUGGAAAGAAGGCUAGAUAUUUUUUUCAAAAGGCACUGUCCUUCGCCGGGAAUCGAACACGUAACCUCCUGUGCAUAAAGCCGAUUCAUUACCACUGUGCCAACAGAGGAAUUUUUCCUUUCUUUCGUAAAACAUUUAUUUACAGUGUUUUACAUAAAAGACGGGAUCAUUCACUGGCAAUGUUGUGUAUGGUAAGUACUUGGUUUUCAUUGACACUUUUUGCAUAGUGUAAUGCAGUGGUUUUCAAAUGGGGGUCUGUAGACCCUGUGAUUCGCAAAGGCAUUUGAGGGGUGUGCGAAGCUCUGCCUCAUCAGUCAAUCCCAGCAAUAAAGGUUGUUUUCUAUCUCAUUGAGAAGAAA